UAGCAACCACAUAUGAAUAAAUAACUCAUACGGACAGAUGUUAAGUCCGCCAAAAUAUAAUUAUCAUAUUUUUAUUUAUUUAUAACAUUGUUCUAACGUAAAAAUGUCGAGUGUAUUGCAUUCAGCUGUCCGCAGCAGCGUGAUGAGCCAAAAUUCACGGUCCAUUAGUGGCUUUGUACCUGAUAUGGAUGUUCUAACCGAUGUGGAACUUGUCAAGCUAGUAACUGAGCUCAAAGACAGCCUCAACAUACUGAUACUAGAAAAUGAGAUCCUGGAAAAGACUAUUAUGAGACUGGAACCCACAUUGAUGCACGGAGUCUACCAAGCUUUGGAUUACGCCACCAGAAUGAGCUCCAACACUUCACUGAACGUCGGAAGUUAUAUUAGAAACCAACCAUCCAAAUUUGGUCUCCAAGAAACAUUCUUAAGCCCCUCUAGAAUGCUGACAAGCCCUUCAAGAGUGUCUACUAAGAGAGUGGAAUCUAUUGCAAAACUUGGUACCACCAUCAUAUUCGGGUCCGGACCAAGAAUUAACGUUUUGGAAAGAGCUGAACUUGUCUCCAUAGAAAUGGAGGUUCAAGUCACAAAUCUGAACAAAGUAAGAAAGAAAGGGGCUAAACAACAUGCUCUUCUAAAGGCACAGCUUGAAGAAAUCGGUAUGAGAGUCACUGAAAUCGAGAAGGCGAGUAAUCUAUUCCACCAAGAAGUUUUAGUCGAAGGCUGGGACAAGAUAGCGCAACGGAUCCCAGCCGAAAUCUGGAUCCGAUUCAUGACUGAGUGGGUGAAGAUAUCGGACAGUCAGAUAGGUAAACUGAGACUUAGAACCAGUACCUUGAACACUCAAUACAGCAAACUGAAGGGGCAAAUCAAGGUCAAAGCUGAACUAAGCGAGAGUCUCAGACCGGUAGACUUCGAAAAAUUGAAGAUAGAAAAUGGGGAAUGUUUGAAGAUCAUAGAUUACAAAUUGCAACAAUUAGGAGAGCUGAAGAAAUUGACGGGAGACGCGAAUUUGAACCUUACGAUCCAUAAGAAGGCGAUGAUGGAACAGAACCACUACUUGAGCAAAGUGCUGUCUACGAUAAAGAGUAAGGCGCAGUCGACGAUACAACUGGAUAAAGAGAGAGAUGUGAUACAGGUACAAGCGGAUCUACUGGCUCAGAGGUUGAACGAAGUUAGAAAAGUGAGACUGAAGUACCAAGUACCGAAUAUAAUGGAGUAUGUCGAAGUGAAAUGGGUGGUGACGGACUUGAAACACGGGAUAAAGAUGUUGGAAAACAGAAAGCAUAUACAGCAGAUUGCGCUACAGUCGAUUAACAGGAAACUGCAGACGAUCAGCGAGAUGGUAGCUCAGAAUGAAGAGUUGGUGCAGCCUCAGAGUUCUACCGAGACUUCCACUACCACAACCACCACUUCUACUACAACGUAGAAUCGUUUUUCGGUAUUUGUUAGCUUAGAAACUGUGCGAUAAUUGAGCCUUUGAUCAAUCGCGAACUAACUAGGUAGUUUAAGGCCAUACACGGACUGCUUCAAGCAUUUAUAACCGACUACUUGAAGCCGCGACUGCGCGAUGAACUAUAGCCAUUCAUUCGCUGCCGUACACACGACUGCUCGAGCAGUCGCGACCGCUUCAAGCCGUCAACUGCACGAUGAAAUUCCAACGUGCCGUCGACCACUCGCGAGCGGUUGCGAGGCAUACACCGACUGCUCGAGCCGUUGACUGCGCUAGAGCAGUGGACAGCUCUCCGACUUCCCUCCCCCCGCCCUUUGCGGCCUCGCGGCGUCUAAAGUAGCAAAUCAACUGCUCGAGCAGUUGGGUAGCCCAGCUCGAGCAGUCAACAACCGACAGCUCAAGCAGUCGACGCCGACCGCUCGAGCGGUCCGUGUAUUUCGCUAAGACCUUGACUGCCAACAAAACUCUGUUGAAGGCAAAUCCUCCGCUAGCGCCAGUCACUUUUGUCUCCCAUAGCGUUUAAUGUGUUAAUCAACUGCUAC